CAAAACGGGCCUGAAAUGUGACAAUUUCCCCGAGAACCAAAAAACGCAAGAAUAAAUCCUUGACCAACACCAGCAUAGGAACUAGCCCCUCAAAACCCUUCCGUAAAAUACCCUCUUCUGUCUCGUUCUGAUGGAAGACGACGACGAGUUUGGAGAUCUGUACACGGACGUGCUCAAACCUUUCUCCUCAACAUCAUCUUCUUCUGCCCCGCAGGUCCACCUUAUUUCAUCCGCACCGUCGGCUUCUCUCCGUCCGAUCGAUCUCAAACAAGAUAACAUCAGGAACAACGGCAUCAUCAACGAUGGAGGCGACGACGAGAUCCUGUUCAAAGCUAGCGAUCCUAAUUCCAGUAUUCAGGUGCAAGCUCGCCCUCCUGAAUCGGCGACCCCCGCCAAAGUCGGCGGUUUCGUGUUGAAUUCAAUUGGCGGCGAUACAGUGCUGGAUAAUUCAGGUGGCGGACCGAGGGUUUUGGAGAGAGAGGACGCAAACUUACGAAGCAGGAGUGAAUUACUUCCGACAGAGGAUACGGACAUGAAAUUUGACAUUGAAGAGGGUAUUCCUAAUCAGGGGAUUCCGGGACUGUCAUCCUCUGAUACCCACGAUGAGCUGGUCAAUCUCGGGAACACGGAAGAUGCUGGAGAUAAGGAUGAUGUAGAGGGCCAUGGCGGCGAAGAAGAUGAUUGGGACAGUGAUAGUGAUGAUGAUUUGCGGAUAUUGUUGAAUGAUGCUAACCAAGGGCCGAUGGGCAUGGACGGGGGAGGUCUAAUAGGCGAUGAAGAUGAUGAAGUUGACGGGGGCGGGCUUAACAUUGUGGCUGAUGGAGACCCAACCCAUCAGGUAAUGACGGAGCAGGAGUGGGGCGAGGAUGUUGCAGCAAAGAUGGCGGAUGGAGAGAAGGAGGGAGGCGAGGCAGGGAAGGGUAGUGCUGCAAAUGCCGUAGUUCCAAAGAUUGGGUAUAGCAAUCAUGGGUAUCAAUAUCCCUUUCAUUCUCAGUUUAAGUAUGUUAGACCUGGUGCCACACCAAUGCCUGGAGCUGCUACUGUUGGGCCUGGAGGCGCACCAGGACAAGUUCGUCCACCUGUAAACAUACUCCCUGCAGCUGGUCGUGGUAGAGGUGACUGGCGACCAUUGGGAAAUAAAAGCUUUCAUCCAGGUUUUGGAAUGCCAGGCUGGGGCAACAAUAUGGGUCGGGGUUUCGGCAAUGGACUGGAAUUCACACUUCCCUCUCACAAGACCAUAUUUGAUGUUGACAUUGACACUUUUGAGGAGAAACCAUGGAAAUAUCCGGGUGUUGAUAUUUCAGACUUCUUCAACUUUGGUUUGAAUGAGGAGAGCUGGAAAGAUUACUGCAAACAGCUGGAGCAACACCGUUUGGAAACUACCAUGCAAAGCAGAAUUCGUGUUUAUGAAAGUGGGAGAGCAGAACAGGACUAUGACCCAGAUCUGCCUCCGGAAUUAGCAGCAGCUGCAGGAAUUCAGGAUGUUACUGCUGACAAUGCAAAUCUUGGCAAGCCAGAUGUUGUGCAAAAUGAUUCGGCAAAAUUACCUGCACGUGUGCGGCUCCCAAUUCCGACUGGAAGAGCGAUACCGGUAGAAGGUGGUUCUGGUGAACGGUUUCCCUCUAUUGACACUCGACCUCCUAGAAUUCGUGAUUCUGAUGCAAUUAUUGAGAUCAUUUUGCAAGACUCUUUAGAAGAUGAGUACUCCAAGGGGAAUGCUGUGGACAGUGACCCAACAAAGGGUGAUCUCAGAGGAAGCCCAAUGGAUGAAGAAGAUGAUGCACAUAUGUUGACUGGAUAUUUUGCUUACGAUAGUCGAAAGAGGAAGCUGGUUAGGAGGAGGAUUCCCUAUAUGGAUUCUGUUAACGAUAAAGCACCUGAUAGAGAUGGAGUUGUGUCUUUUUCUUCAGAAGCACCUCUUCAAUAUCCUCCUAGUUCCCGGGGCCAGACUUCUGUGUACCCUGGCGGGAAGCCUGCUACCCCUGAAGAGAGGAGGACACAAGGAAGAGCUCGUGCAAAAUCCCCUCAGCAGACUCCUAGUGAAAGUACACGCGAUAAUAAGUUUCUUGAUAAUGACGAGGAUGAAGCAGUUGAAAGCACAGAUGCCAGGCAUGGUCCAGCGUUAGCAUCUCCAGUCACAGUCAGGGAUGAACAGGAGGCGAGUGCUGAGCAUAAAGACACUGUGCAAGAUGAGAUUGGGCUGGCUGAGGGCAGCUCUGGAGUGGAAAAGGAUGAAAUGAUCUCAUCCCCAAAUAACAUGUCUGGAGAUGGAUCUUCACAUCAUGCUAUGAAGAACCAAAAACUGAGUUCUCAAGUUGAACAACCUGGAGUUAAAGAACCUGAUGAUGCAGAGGACUCAAAGGCUGCAGGAAGCAGUGAGAAUAGCAAAGCAAGAUCAGGCAACAGCAGAGAUGAUCAGAAGUGGCAGGAUAGUGUUGAGGAGGAAGUUAUUCGAGAUGGUCAUUCUACCCACUCUGGGAGCAUCAAGAGGCACCUUGAUGGAAAUCAAACUAUUUCGCACAGAAAGGAUCGUGAUACAAGAUAUGAAAUGGAUGAUAUGGAUCGGGUGGUAAUCAGAGAGAGGGAGGAUUCUUAUACUUCGAGAGACUUGGAUCUUAGGUUAUCUCAUCAUUUGCAUAUGAAAAAUGAUGGUUUUGAUAGGCGAAAGGGGCGAGACAACCCUGAUGGAGCUGGGCAAUGGAGGGAUGGAGAUCCUCAUACCAGAAAAAAACCUGAAGAUACAAGGAAGAUGGAACGUGGCGAUGAAAUGGGAUCCAGACACAGAGGCAAGGUUUGGGAGAGUGAGAGAGGUGACAAAGACAAGUAUUUUCAUUCCAAAAAACAAUUGGAUAAUGGCAGCUAUAAGGUUCGUUAUGAGAAGGAUGUUGGAUCAGAGAAUAGGGGAAGAGAUGAUUCCUUGAAGAAUAGGUACGAAAUGGUGGAUGGUCACCAUAACAAGAGAAGGAGAGAUGAUGAGUAUUUGAGGAGGGAUCUGGCUGACAAAGAGAUUUUGCAUGCACACAGAGAAAGUUCUAGUCGUCGAAAGAGAGAAAAGGAUGAUGUUUUUGAUCCACGAAAGAGAAAUGACCAACAAAGAGUUAGAGACAAUAUCGAUGAUUUCCAUUCUGUUAGGCACACAGAUGAGAUCUGGAUGGAGAGGGAGAGGGAGAGGGAGAGGGAGGAGUGGCACAGGAUCAAACAAUCCCAUGAAGAAAAUCUUCCCAAAAGGGAAAGAGAGGAAGGACGGGCUGCUAUGAGGAGUGGGCGUGGGGCAGAUGACAGAGCAUGGGCCGGCCAUGCCAGGGCAAAGGAUGAAUUUAAAGGUUCUAACAAAGAGAUCCAACUUAAGGACACAGUUCGCCAUGGUGAUUUGAAGAGAAGGGAUCAAAUUGAGGAUGAAAGCUUUUCUCAUCAUAGGGGACGUGAGGACAUCUACCUUCGUGGAAGUCAAUUUAGUCAUGCUGAAAAAAGAUCUAGACUGGAAAGGCCAAGCUCCCGUAAUGAUCGCGGUGUCAGUGCUUCUGAUAACCAAAAGGUGCAUGUGAAGAAGCAAAAAGAGAACGUGAGGAAGAACAAGGAAUCUGAAGCUGGAGAUCAUUACACUUCGUCCUCUUCUAAGCGAAAUCAAGAAGACCAGAGCGGUCUUAAUGAAAUGGGAUUGAAAGACAUCGGUGAACAAGGAAAUGGUAGCAGUAAGAUACCAGCACACCGUAGCUCUUCGAGGAAACAUAGGGAAGAUACAUCCGUAGAUGAAGAACCACAGGAUUCUAAAAGGGGCCGUUCUAAAUUAGAACGUUGGACAAGUAAUUUAGAGAGGGACUACAGUAUCAACAGCAAGUCAGCUGCAUCCAUGAAGUUCAAAGACAUGGACAGAAAUAACAGUGAUGGAGCGUCAGGAGCCAGCAAACCAGCCAGUGAACCGGUUAAAACUGUUGACGCUGUUGAUAACCAACACGCAUUGGUUGAAGACAAGAGUGCUGGGAAUCUGGAGACUAAGGAUGGAGAUGCAAAACCAAUAGAUGAUCGACACCUUGAUACUGUUGAAAAGUUGAAGAAGCGAAGUGAGAGAUUCAAGCUUCCAAUGCCACGUGAGAAAGAUGCCCUGGUGAUAAAGAAGAUAGAGAGUGAAGCUCUGCCUACUGCCACAAGUGAAACUCCUGCGGAUUCUGAAAUUAAACCAGAGCGGCCAGCUCGGAAGCGAAGGUGGAUCAGUAACUAAGAGUUGAAUAACCAAUCUGCUGCUUUAUGAUUCUGAGGGGCUUUCUGCUUCACCGGAUUCUUUAAAACAUAGAAUCUUGAAGAUCUUUGAAUUACUUCUGUUGGGUUCCAAGGAUGGCCUUGUACCUCAAUUACAGUAAAAUAUAAUCAUGUAACAAUGCUGCUGCCAUACUUUUUUGGUAUUCUGUUGUAUAUACUAGUGAUUGUAACGAUAAAUUGAUAACUUGCGAUGGCGCAGAAUCAUAUUUGUGUCAAAUGCAACAGUAUUGUGCAGAUUAAAAUCGACAUCCCUGUUAGGGUCGCUCUCCAGAUCAGCAAAAGCUGCUAGCAGGAUCCACGACUAUACGAAAGCAAGUUUCUUGGAGGUUGGCAGUAAUCCCUUGAUGGCCCCCUCCUGUAACUCUUCUACUUUGUGAUGGUGGAAUUGAAGCAGACAAAAGAAAGUCAAUGGAGAUGGCAGACUUCAUCAAGGUAGAUAUGGACAAUGAUGUUGUAUAUUUACAUUUAUUAUGUAUGUUUAGUAGUUAUUUAUCAUUUUAUACUAGGGCAGCAGGCCAGAAUACACGAAUUUGAAGUGCUUAGAGUUAGAAAGAAAAUACAGAUCAUAGAUGAAAAA